AUGGAGAACAAAGUUCCCGGAGUACAAAGUGAAAGAAAUCUUGCAAGUGCAUCAACUAUCCGCGAGCAAGAUAUGAACAUUACUUCCAUCUUUGAGCUCACAAGUUUAAGAGUAUUAAAUGCAAGAGCAAUAAAAGAGUUGCCUCCUUCCAUUGGAAAUCUUAAACAUUUGCGAUACUUGAAUUUGUCUCGUUCCGAAAUUUGCACUCUCCCUAACUCGUUAUGUACUCUUUGGAAUUUGCAAAUCCUCAACUUGGAUUACUGUGUUAGGCUUGUGGCUUUACCUAAGAAGCUCACAUCCUUACGUAAUCUUCGACAUCUAUGUUUGUGGGACUGCAAGUCAUUGUGUGAGAUGCCAUCUAAAAUGAGAGAGUUAAAUGGCCUGAAAACAUUGAGUAUGUUUGUUGUGGGUCUCAAGAGAGAUAACCAACUUGAGGAACUGGAAUGCUUGAACAUCAGUGGAAGGCUUCAGAUUAGGCAUCUGGAGAGAGUAAAAGACCAUAUGGAUGCAAAGAAAGCAAAGAUUGCUGAGAAAAACAAUCUUCGAGAGUUGAGGUUGUCAUGGGAAAGAAAUGCUUUAUCCAAGCCAGAGGAGGAAGUUGAUGAAAAGGUGUUGGAAGCACUUGAACCACAUCCCAAUCUUGAAUAUCUUCAUGUACGAGGCUUCAGUGGUAGAUAUCUUCCAAGCUGGAUGACAAAUGCGUCUCUGCAAAAAAUAGUUCAUAUUUAUAUAUGGGAUUGCAAAAAUUGUAAGCGUUUUCCAAAACUUGGAGAGCUACCUCAUCUUGAGACGCUGUCUUUACGUGAUGCGGGGGUGGAGUAUAUUAUUGAUAAAGAAGGAGUUGGGAGUGGACUCCCGGCAAAGAUACAGUUUGUGGGUCUGAGAAGACUGGGAUUAAUUGGUCUCCCAAAUCUGAAGGGGUUCUCAAAGGAGCAAGGGAUUAAAGAUGCAUUCCCAAAUCUUGAAUCCCUACUUAUUCAAGAUUGCCCUUCAUUAAUACUGCCACCACUCUCAUCCCUCCAAAAGUUGGAGUCACUAACAUGCAGUAGCUCAACUUUGGGUUUAUUAUCUGAGGAGGACAUUCCUAGUUGUCUCGGCGUGGAAAUUGAGGAGAGCCUGGCAUGUAUCCCAAUAGAAACGCUGUCAAAGUUCAGUAAGGUCCGAACACUGGCAAUUAUGGGUGCAAAAGAUAUCUCUGUGACAAGAGAAGGUCUGCAAGCCUUAAAAGAGCUUACUUGUUUAUGGCUAGAGAGUUGUCGGACAAUGAGAUGUUUACCAGAAGGGAUGUUGCGGCACCUUACUGCUUUGGAGUACCUCACCAUAUGGAAGUGCCCAGAAUUACUAGAGUUGCCAGAGGAUAUUAAACAUCUCAAAAAUCUUGAUUGGCUUGUGUUAGAGGGACUUCCUAAGAUGACGUGCUUGCCUCAAGCCUUUCAGCACCUCACUUGGCUCGUGUUAGAGGAUCUUCCUGAGCUGGAAUCACUCCCAGAUCAGCUACCAUCUCUUACUAUUCUCGCUGUUAUGAACUGCCCAAAGGUUGUAUCGAUUCCAGCUCUGCCAAAUCUGAAAGAGCUAACAGUCACGUGGUUGCCCACAGCUGGAAAGGCGAUGUCAGAGAGGAAGUGGAGAGGAUUGGCACAAGAUUGCCCAUGUUCGCAGUUCCAGCACCUCACUUAUCUAUACCUAAACCAUCUUCCAGAGCUGGAAUCACUCCCAGAUCAGCUACUAUGUCUCUCUAUGCUCGUUGUUAUAAGCUGCCCAAAGGUCGUAUCGAUUCCUGAUCUGCCAAAUCUGAACGUGCUAAAUAUCAGUGGAUGCCAACUGGAAGGAGAGAUGUCAGAGAGGAAGUGGAGAGGAUUGGCACAAGAUUUGCCACGGCCAAUUGCUGCUAUGUUUGAGAAGUUCAAAACAAUCCAUGCUGCUGUAAUUUGA